AUGGAAGAUUCACUCCAGAUCCACUACCAGUUAUAUCAGCCAGGAGAUGUUAUCGUUGGUGGGGUCACUUCUCAACUCUUUUCCCUUUCUGACACUGUGUCCUUCAAGGAACAUCCUAAAUUGAAGCUCAUUGAUGAAGUUGUAGCAGUGCCAAAAAAUUACCAGCAAGUCCUUUCCUUGGUGUUUGCUGUGAAGGAGAUCAAUGGGAAUCCCAAGAUCUUACCCAAUGUUACUCUGGGCUUACACAUCUAUGACAGCCACUUUGAUGCAAAGAUGACUUAUCAGAAUAGCUUGAAUCUUCUCUUUAAUCAGAACAGGACGAUACUAAACUACCACUGUGUGAUCCAAAAGAAUUUAGUUGCUGUCAUUGGGGGCCUUGACUCUGACAUCUCAUUUCAUAUGGCCACUAUCUUAGGCAUCUACAAGAUUCCACAGGUCACAUACUGCUUAUUUGAUCCAGUGAUAAGUGAAAUAAAUGAUCUCUCCUUAUACCGAAUGGUCCCUCGUGAAACACAUCAGUACACUGGAAUUGUCAAGCUGCUUCUUCACUUCCAUUGGAAGUGGGUUGGGAUCAUUGCCAUGAGUGAUGAUAAAGGAGAAAAGUUUGUGCAGACUUUGAUUCAGAUGUUUUCCCAGAGAGGCAUCUGUGCUGCUUUCACUCAAAAAAUACCCACUCAUAGUAAUAUAUUCGACAUGUUAAACUGGCUAGAUCCCCUUACGAAUAUGACAAAUUUUCUUUUCCAGACAAGAGUAAAUAUAUGUAUUGUAAGUGCAGACACACAUAGUAUGUUGACUCUGCAACUGGCACUGAAUCUGUUUGAAUCAGGCACUAUGACACCCAUGUACAAGGUGUGGGUUAUGACAGCCGAUUGGAAUUUCUCAUCAGAGACAUUUCACAGAUCUCUGGACAUACAAGUCUUUUAUGGUGCCUUAUCCUUUGCAAUUCAAUCCAAUGAGGUGCCAGGGUUCCAUGAUUUCCUUCAGAUUCUGGAUCCCUAUUCCGCUGAAGAUGGCUUCAUCAGGGUCUUCUGGGAACAGGCAUUUGACUGUAUAUUUCCAGAUACAAAUGAGUGUGAAGCGACUGGGAAAUGCUGCACUGGAGAAGAGAAGCUGGAGAGCCUUCCUGGACCUUUUUUUGAGAUGAGUUUGAUCGGCCAAAGUUACAGCAUAUACACUGCUGUCUAUGCUGUGGCACAUGCUCUACAUGCAAUGUAUUCACUCAGAACCAAACACAGACCAGUGUCAGGUCUAUACAGAGCAGAGGUUGUUAAACCACAACAUUUUCAGCUUCAUUCUUUUCUGCAGAGUAUCUUAUUCAACACCAGUGCUGGGGACACUGUAUCUUUGAAUGAAAAAGGUGUACUUGCAGCUGGAUUUGAUAUUAUUAACUGGAUUACUUUUCCAAACAAAUCAUUCUUAAGAGUGAAAGUAGGGGAAAUUGAUCCUCAAGCUCCAUGGGACAGAGAAUUUUUCAUAAAUGAUACCAUCAUUACUUGGCACAAAAUAUUUAACCAGGAUGUGCCCCUUGCGUUGUGCAAUGACCAUUGCUAUCCAGGUUAUAGCAGACAAAAGAAGGAAGGAAAGCUGUUCUGUUGUUAUGAUUGCACUCUAUGUCCAAAAGGGAAGAUUUCAAACCAAACAGAUAUGGAUGACUGUUUCAAAUGUGCAGAAGAUCAAUAUCCUAAUAUGGAGAGAAAUGGCUGCCUUGUCAAGGAGCUCAACUUCCUUUCUUAUGAUGAACCUCUGGGAAUCACAUUGGUUGUUUUGACUCUCUUUCUUUCUUUGACAACAACAUUGGUACUUGGGAUCUUCUUUAAGAAUCGGAACACUCCCAUUGUCAAAGCCAACAACCGGGACCUCACCUACUUUCUGCUUAUUUCCCUUCUGCUCUGCUUCUUGUGCUCCUUGCUAUUCAUUGGCCAUCCUCAGUCCAUCACUUGCCACAUACAACAAAUUGCUUUUGGUAUCAUCUUCUCAAUGGCAGUUUCUUCUGUUCUGGCAAAAACUAUCACAGUAUUCCUGGCUUUCGUGGUCACCAAGCCAGGAUCCAAGUUGAGGAAAUGGGUGGGGAAAAGACUUUCAAACUCAAUUGUUCUCUGCUGCUCAUUUAUUCAAGCAAGCAUGUGCAUGGUAUGGUUAUAUAUUGGCCCUCCAUUCCCAGACAUGGACAAGCACUCUCUGCCUGAAGAAAUCAUAGUGGAAUGCAAUGAAGGAUCAGCCAACAUGUUCUACUACAUUCUUGGGUACAUGGGGUUUCUGUCUCUUGUCAGCUUCAUUGUAGCUUUCUUUGCCCGCAAGUUGCCAAGCACUUUUAAUGAAGCCAAGUUUAUCACUUUCAGCAUGUUGGUGUUUUGCAGUGUGUGGGUGUCUUUUGUUCCAACAUAUCUAAGCACCAAAGGCAAAUACAUGGUGGCCGUGGAGAUCUUCUCCAUCUUGGCCUCCAGUGCUGCAUUAUUGGGUUUUAUCUUUUCCCCUAAAUGUUAUAUUAUUGUCUUGAGGCCUGAACUGAACAGCAAAGAGCAGUUAAAAAGGAGAAAUACUUCAACCCAACUAAAUGCUACUCUUUCCUCUUAA